ACGAACUUUUUCGUGCCUGCCAAAGUGCCGAUGGCUGCCAUUUUGCUUCUACUGUGAAUUCCUAAAGUGCGUUUUUAUAGAAAUACCAUCAUAAAACCAAAUUGUAAAGAAAUAUCGUAUUGCGUUUAAGUUUUACAGAAGGAAGUGUGUGUGAUAUACGUAAAAAUGGCAGCCAGCGAUUCUGGGACGGAUGAGUCAUUGUAUCCGAUCGCUGUAUUGAUAGACGAAUUAAAAAAUGAGGAUGUACAAUUGCGCUUGAAUUCUAUCAAGAAGCUUUCUACGAUUGCCCUGGCCCUGGGCGUGGAGAGAACCCGCUCAGAACUGAUUCCCUUCCUCACUGAGACCAUCUACGAUGAAGAUGAAGUAUUGUUGGCGUUGGCGGAACAGCUCGGAAACUUCAUCAACCUGGUUGGUGGCGGAGAGUUUGCACACUGCCUGCUGCCGCCGCUGGAGUCUCUAGCUACUGUCGAGGAAACUGUUGUCCGUGACAAGGCCGUAGCCUCACUCCGGGCUGUUGCCGCCCACCACACGCCCCAGGCCUUGGAGCAACACUUUGUGCCGUUGGUGCAGCGUCUCGCUGGUGGAGACUGGUUCACUUCUCGGGCCUCUGCUUGUGGACUUUUCAGCGUGUGCUACCCGCGCGUGUCUGCCCCGGUCAAGGCGGAGCUUCGUCAACACUUCCGCACACUCUGCCAAGAUGACACUCCAAUGGUGCGCCGCGCCGCCGCAUACAAGCUCGGAGAGUUCGCAAGGGUGGUCGAGGUCGAGUAUGUGAAGAGCGACCUCAUUCCUAUGUUCGUGAACUUGGCUCAGGACGAGCAAGACUCAGUGCGGCUGCUGGCGGCGGAGGCGUGCGCGGCGGUGGCGGCGCUGCUGCCGCCUGAGGACAUGGAGCAGCUCGUGAUGCCCACGGUGCGUGCGCGCGCUGGAGACACGAGCUGGCGCGUGCGGUACAUGGUCGCCGACAAGUUCGUGGAGCUUCAACAAGCAGUGGGCCCUGAGCUGGCUCGCUCCGACUUGGCGCAGAUCUUCCAAGCCCUGCUGAAGGACACCGAGGCAGAAGUACGCGCCGCCGCCGCUGGCAAGGUAAAGGACUUCUGCAUGAAUCUCGACAAGGCACACCAAGAGCAGAUAAUAAUGACCAUGAUCCUGCCUCAGAUUAAAGACCUGGUGAGCGACCCUAACCAACACGUUAAGUCUGCCUUAGCGUCCGUCAUUAUGGGCCUGAGCCCCAUUGUUGGAAGGCAGAACACUAUCGAGCAUCUCCUCCCUCUAUUCCUCACACAACUAAAGGACGAAUGCCCCGAGGUACGCCUCAACAUCAUUUCCAACCUCGAAUGCGUCAACGAAGUCAUCGGUAUCCAACAGCUAGUCCAGUCCCUCUUGCCCGCUAUUGUUGAAUUAGCCGAAGACACCAAGUGGCGCGUUCGCCUCGCCAUCAUCGAACACAUGCCUCUCCUAGCCGGACAACUUGGGCAAGAAUUCUUCGACGAGAAACUAACGGGCCUCUGCAUGUUUUGGCUCAUCGAUCAUGUCUACGCCAUCCGUGAAGCCGCCACACUUAACCUGAAGAAACUAGUUGAGCAAUACGGCCCCGCUUGGGCUGAGGGCAAAGUUAUACCGAAAGUACAAGCCAUGUCUCGCGAACAGAACUACCUGCACCGAAUGACCUACUUAUUCUGCAUAAACGUUCUUUCUGAAGUCUGCGGAAAGGACAUCACAACGAGGGUAUUACUGCCUACAGUCUUGUCUAUGGCCGAUGAUAAUGUUGCCAAUGUAAGAUUCAAUGUUGCCAAGACAUUGCAGAAGAUGGCGCCGUUUUUGGAUCCCGCGGUGAUUCAGCCGCAAGUUAAGCCGGUUUUGGAGAAGUUGAAUGUGGAUCCUGAUGUUGACGUGAAGUACUUCGCGUCUGAAGCCAUUGCGGGUAUAGCUGGUUAGGUUAUAAUCGUAAUUUUCACUCUUCUUUAUAGUAUCAGUACCGUGAUGUUCUAUGGCAAAAGGUGCCUUUUUAUCGCUUAUGUAAACAAGUCAACAGACAUGUUGUGCUUUUAUGUUCUUGUUUUAUAUACUUGUAUAUACAUAACAACUUAUCGCAUAUUGUAUGCUCUGUAAUGUACUAGAGGGGUAUGGAGCAUACAACACCAACGGCGGUACAGUAGCAAAUGUAGCAAAAUAAACGCUAGUCGACAAAAAGGAAUCUUUCCUAUAGAAAAUCAUAUUUAGAUUCUAAAUGUUACAUUUUAUUAUUAAUGAAAUUUUCAAUAGCUCCUUAUAAGCUGUUAGAGUGUGUUGUACCUAAUAUAAGUUCUAAAAGGUUUAGGGAUCCUACUGAUACUAUACUGACGAGGUUUUGAACAACUUUAUAAUGUAAACUUAGUAUUUAUUCCAAAAUUAACACCCUGUUUUGGACUGUUGGUCGAUGGACGGCAAUUAUGUACCUAAAUGUAUCUGUAAUUAGUAAUGAAUAGUUUCAUUCCAUAAGUUUAAAGAUCAACAAAAUUAGACAUUUUCACAGCAUUUAACACUACUUGAAAUUGUAAGAAGUAUGAAAUUUAAUACAGAAUAUAAUUAAUAAAAUCCA